AUGCCGUGUAAAAAUGGCGCUAAAAACUACUACCAAGAUCAGGAUGGAGGACACUUUACUGAAGCAUCUAAAACGGCUGUCAUAGCUACAGAGUUAAAGACGACUUUAACUGAUGUCAAUACUAAAGAGACUCAAACAACCACAACUGAACUAACAACUCCAGCUGUUGAAACAUCUAUAAUAGUAGAGGAAACUGUAGCAGACGAAACUAGUACUACACAGACGCAAACAACCACAGCCCAACCAUCUAGUGCAGCUGCUGGGACAACGCUAGUGGUACAGACAACGGCAGCUGACAUGACUACCACAGAGACACAAAUAACCAAAGUGCAACCAACAACUGUAUUUACCAACAAAACAACAAAACAAUCAACCACAGCUGAACUAACAACUUCGGCUCUUGAGACACUAAUGGCGGAAAAGACAACUGUGGCUGAUGUUACUUCUAAAGAGACGAAAACAACCACGGUUCAACCAAAAACUGCAGCUGUUGGGACAAUAACAGUGGUAGGGACAACUGUUGCUGAUGUAACUACCUCACAGAAAACAACCGGUGCGCAGCAAACUACCAAAGCUGCUGAGACAACAUCAGUGGUGGAUACAACUGUGGAUGAUGUCACCGCCGCAGAGACUACAACCGGUGUGCAGCAAACUACAAAAGCAGCAAAGACAACAACAGCUGUAGACACAACUGUCACUGAUUUCAUUACCACAAAGAAUGAAACAACCACAGCCAUUCAAACGACUGCAGUUGCUCCGAGAUCAACAGUGGUAGAAAGAACUGUAGCUGAUGUCACGGCUGCAGAAACGCAGAGAACCACGGCUGAACCAACAACUGCAGCUGUUGAGACAACAACAGUGGUAGACACAACUGUGGAUGAUGUCACUGCUAAAGAGACGCAGACAACCACGGCUGAAGCACCAACUGCAGCGGUUGAGACAACAACAGUGGUAAAAACGACUAGGGCUGAUGUCACUACCCCACAGACAACAACUGGGGCGCAGAACGCUACCACAGCUGCUGAGACAACACCAGUGGUGGUGGUGGGUACAACUGCGGCUGAUGUUACUUCUAGAGAGAAACCAACCACCAAGGCUGAACCAACAACUGCAGCUGUUGAGACAACAACAGUGGUAGAAACAACUGUGGCUGAGGUCACUGCUAUAGAGACGCAGACAACCACGGCUGAACCACCAACUGCAGCGGUUGAGACAACAACAGUGGUAGUAACGAUUGGGGCUGAUGUCACUACCCCACAGACAACGACUGGGGCACAGAAAACUGCCAAAGCUGCUGAGACAACACCAGUGGAGGGUACAACUGUGGCUGAUGUUACUUUUAGAGAGUUACAAACGACCACGGCGGAAACAACAACUGCAGCUGUUGAGACAACAACAGUGGUAGUAACGAUUGGGGCUGAUGUCACUACCCCACAGAUAACAACUGGGGCGCAGAAAACUACGAAAGUUGCUGAGACAACAACAACAACAACAAUCGUAGAAACGACUGGGGCUGAUGUCACUACCCCACAGACAACAACUGGGGCGCAGAAAACUACCAAAGUUGCUGAGACAACACCAGUGGUAGGUACAACUGCGGCUGAUGUUACUUCUAGAGAGAUACCAACCACCAAGGCUGAACCAACAACUGCUGCAGUUGAGAGAACAACAGUGCUAGAAACAACUGUGACUGAUAUCAUUACCCCACAGACAACAACUGGUAUGCAACAAAUUACCAAAGCUGCUGAAACAACAACAGUGGUAGAGACAACUGUGGCUGACGUCACUUCUAUAGAUAUGCAAAGUACCACGACUGAACCACCAACUGCAGCGGUUGAGACAACAACAGUGGUAGAAACGGCUGUGGCUGAUGUCACUACCGCACUGACAAAAACUGCGGUGCAGCAAACUACUGAAGCCGCUGAGACAACAACAGUUGUAGACACAACUUUGGAAGAACAUACUGCUACACCGACACAAACAACCAGAUCCCAGCCAACUACUGCAGCUGCUGAUACGGUUGAAAAGACAAUUUUAGUUGAUUUCACUACUAGACAGACGCAAACAACCACAGCCCAGCCAGUUACUCAAGCUAUUGAAACGAAAACUUUGGUAGAGACAACUGUGGCUAAUGGAACUACCACAGGUACACAAACAACGACAGCGCAAACAACAACUGCAUCCACCGAGACAACAAAUGUAGUAAAGACUACUCUGGCUGCUUUAACUACUACACAGACAUCAAGAACCACAACACAACCAAGUACUGCAGCUGCUGAGACUACUGCAGUGGCAGAGACAACUGUAGCUGCUUUAACUACUGCAAAGACACAAACAACCAGAGCCCAACCAAUUACCUCAGUUACUAAGACAACAACAGUGGUAGAGACCACUGUGGCAGAUCUAAUUACCACACAGACACAACCAACCCCAUUCCAGCUUAUUACUGCAGCUUCUGAGACAACAACAGUCGUAGAGACGACUGUUGCUGAUGUCACUACUAUAAAGACACAAAUGUCCACAGGAAAACCAAUAACUGCAGCUGCUGAGACAACAAUGGUUGACAGAAGUGUAGCUGUAACAGGGAUUACAACUGCAGCAGAGACAACACGGGGUGAUGGUACACCAGACGUAGAUACCCUGACUGUCAAAGAAACAACCGAACCUUCAUAUCUUUCAAUGGGCAUUGUUACAGUAACAGAUUUUUCAGUUGCAGAAACAUCCUUAGCAGCCGGAACCACACCAUCAGUGCCAGAAAUCACCCCUGCUCCGCAGAUAACAGUGUCUGGCUUCUACACACAGGAAACUCGGACUACUCGCGAAGCAGCCACAACAAAAGAAGAUAUGUUCAAGGGUUUCCGGUUCAUCGUAGUGCAAUGA